AUGGAAGGUAGCAAGUGCGGUAAAGAACAUUUUACAUACAAAAAUGAAACUUAAAUGAAAGAAAGAGACCCUCUUUUAAAUAAGUUUAUAUUAGACACCUUAGCCUACUCUGCUAUAGGUGCUGUUGCAGGUUUUACUGCAGGAAUUUUCUUAAAACGCCCUACUUUUUGGAGCGUUUUCUUCUCUGGUGUUGGUGCUCAUUAUGCUUAUUCUACAGGUCCUGUUAAAUUCAGAUACUGGUGCUGA